AUGGAGCUAGAAACCAAGCUUAGAGAAAACAACACUUAUUAUCCAUUAUUUUUACAUGAGAACAACAACCACAUGAAACCUUACUCAAAAGACAACAAUUUAGAGCUUCCCAUACCAAAGGGUACUACAACUUAUCUUCAAGAUUUUCAUGUUCAUGAUCAUGGUCAUCAAUUUCCCCUUAAUGGGUCCUCAUCAAAUCCUAAUUUUGGGUCCCAAGCUCCAAUCUUUGAUCAACCCAAUUUCGAAGACUACACUACUACUCCAUAUGGGAGUUGUGAAAACAAUGUUGGAAUUCUAUAUGAUCAGUAUUACAAUUGUAGUUAUAAUAAGCCCUUUACAGAUACCACAUUUCAAAGUAAUAAUGGAGGAGAGUACUUGAAUAUUUUCCCAAGUAGAUCAAAUCCCACAGAAAUGUUUGGUUCCAAUUGGACUAUUAAUUUGAGCUCUUCUGUGGUACCUAAUCAAGUCUCAACCAUAACAGCUGAUCAAAAUGGGUACUACAAAAACCAAGUUACCAUGCAUAACAAGAACAAGAGUACUAAUUAUAGUACUACUACUUCUUGUUCCUUAAUGAAAAGAAUGACAUACUUUAAUGGUCGCAGGAAGAUCAUUAACAAUCCAGUCAAGGGCCAAUGGACAGUAGAAGAAGAUAGGAUUUUAAUUGGACUGGUUGAAGAGCAUGGAGUGAGAAAAUGGUCCUACAUUGCUCAGAUGCUACCUGGAAGAAUUGGCAAACAGUGUAGAGAGAGAUGGCAUAAUCAUCUUCGACCUGACAUUAAGAAGGAUACAUGGAGUGAAGAAGAAGACAAAAUAUUGAUUGAAGCACAUGCAGAAAUAGGAAAUAAAUGGGCAGAAAUUGCAAAGAGAUUAGCAGGAAGGACUGAAAACUCCAUUAAAAACCAUUGGAAUGCCACCAAAAGAAGACAACACUCGAAAAGAAAAUGUCGUAAUUCAAAGAAUCCAAGAGGCUCAAACUCCACUCUCCUUCAAGAUUACAUCAAGUCCUUGAACUUAACCACUUCCUCAAGUAGUAGUACUAAUACUAAUAGUACUACUUUCACAAAGCAAUAUCAAAGAAAAACGACACCAAACCUCACAAACGACAACAUGUUAUUACCAUUUGUUGAGGUUGAGCACUCCCCUCAAACGACAACAUUAGAAGUUUGCUAUGCUAAUGAUGAUGAUGAUGAUGUUGCUCGUGUUGAGAACACUACCACUACUACUGUGGAUUUUUGUUAUAGUAGUAUUGAGUCUUUUAUUGAUGAGAUGAUGCCAUUUGUCGUUCAUGAUGAGGAUAAGAAGUCGGUACCAGGUAGUGAUCGUGUGGAGCUGUCUGUAGAGGAUAAUAAUGUUUGUUCUGUGAGGGAAGGUGGUAAUGUUAUUGGAGUUGUAAAGAAUGAGAUGGAUUUGGUGGAGAUGAUCUCAAAGGUGUAG